AUGGUCUCUCUGCUCGUGGCCUCCAACGAUGCUCUCGUGACGAGCACUUGCCACCACCUGCUUCGCCGCUGGCCGUCCCCUUCUCUGCACACACGGGCGCGCGCGGCCCUCGUCAGUUUCGAGUUGCGCAAGACGAGCCUGUUCCUUCUCAUCCCCCGCCGGGCAAAGAGCUCCAAGGCGUCGAUGCAGCUCUGCCGCUCGCAUGCCAUGCCCCCGAACACCGCCUCCAGAGCAGGCAGCUCGGCCAGGUCGACGCAACCCUCGCAAGCGCGCGCCGUCAAGCGCAACCGGGGAUCCGAAUCCCCCGUCUACCUCUCGUCCAUUGCCGUCGUCACGCCCGAGGAGGCGAGGCAGGCCCGCGAGCGCUUCUUCGACGCCCUCGGCUGCGCCGACCCGCACCCCGGCAUGCGAAGAGCCAUCUCGACCGCCGACCAGCUCACCGAAGUCCAGCUCGCCCGCCUCUUCGACAUGCUCCACGCCUGCGGCGCCGCGACAGACCACCAGGCCACCCUGUUGACCACGCGGGCGAGCGUCGACGGCUUCGUCGACGCCGUCUUCAACGACUGGCGGAGCGACAAGGCAGACGACUUGGUGAAGCCCGAGCUGGAGUUUCUGGUCGAGGCCGAGGUCGUCGCGGGGACGAUAUGCGUCACUCCCGAUUGUCAUGGCGAUGUAGGUAGUUGCCGAGCGUCCGACACGUGCAACGCCGUGGUUUCUGCCGUCGUGUCGUACAGCUGCAACCCUGCCAUGCUCAAGAUGGAAUAUACCGCCGUUGAUCCGUUUUCCGGACAGCCCGAGGCCUUUUGCCCCCUGUGGAGGAAGGAUAUUCGCUGGGCGGAGGCGGGCUGGAAGGACGCCCUCCGCCAGACCAUCGAGGGCAAGCUCGUGUCCAAGAUUCAUCGCUACAACAAGCAUUUGGCCGUGUGGCAUGCACGCAGGUUGAUCCAGGACUGGAGCAAGGGGAGUAUUUCUCUGGGGCCACAUACGAGUACAUUGGGGUUUGUUGGAAGGGAGGCCGUGGCGUGGGUUGUCAUGGGUGUGGGAGGGCAGUCGGUGCCGUCUGGGACGGAGGCAUGA